AUGCCUAAGCCAAGAUUCAUCUAUAUCAAUGGCUACCCUGGAGUGGGCAAGCUGACCGUUGCGCGGGCGCUCUGCUCGAUGCUGCCCAAUGCCAAACUUUUCGACAACCACAGUCUCAUCGAUGCCACGUCGGUUAUAUUCGAGCGCAGCAUGCCCGAGUAUCAACCGCUACGACAGAAGAUGCGUCGGGCGGUCCUCGGCGCGAUUGCGACUAGCGAAAGCACCAAGGACAUAACAUGGAUCUUCACCGACUCGCAAUCCUCGGACGAAGUAGGAUCUUCCGCGGUAAAGGAUUAUGCAUCUGCUGCCGCCGUCCGCGGAUCUGCUUUGAUAUCCAUCAUUCUUACCUGUGAGAUUGAGGAGAACGUGAAACGGCUUACCUCGCCGUCUAGAGGGGGAACAAACACCAAGCUGACAGAUGUUGGCAUUCUCCGCGAGACUCGAGAUACUGAGGACAUUUACCAUUUCGGAGGGCCGUUGGAAUUGGAAAUCGAUGUCACGACAAAGACGGCAGCAGCAGUAGCACAGGAUAUCAGUAGUUUCUUGGAUCUGGUGGAAGACUACUAG